AUGAAUACUAUAUUUUAGGUUUAGAAUGCUUAACAACUAUCACUAUCAGGUUCUAAGCUUAAUAUUCUAUCAAAAAAUAUAUCAAAUUCAACAAUUCUAAUUUUUGAUUGUGAUUUCCUUUUGUUUAGGGAGUACCUGAUAAUAAGUUAGAAUAUAUAAACUGUAACAUGUGAUCCAAAUUUAUAAAUUCUACUCAUUUUUGAAGAAUAAGAACAAGAAUAGGUGACUAAACUUUAUUCAGCCACUUUAGAAUAAUCUUUUACUCCUUUUUAAAAUAUAAAGAUUCCAGCUAUUAAAUUAAGAAUGGUUGAUUGGUGUAACAGUAGAAUUUGUGCAUUAAUAUUUGAAAAAUACAUUAUCUUAUAUGAUAUUUUGUUAAAUAAAAUCUUAACAAAUAUAUAAGCAGAAUUUAAUUAAAUUAAUAGAUUUUUAAUUUCUAAAAAGUUAACAUAAAUAUUUUGUUAAUAUUAAGAAAAAGACAAUAAUUCAGUUUGUUUAAUAUUAGCAAUAGAGAAUUAGAUAGAGGUCUAGAAAUUUAAUAAUUGUGUUUCCUGUUAAAUAAUUUAAGAAUAAGAAGAUAAUCAUUUUUUGAUGGUUUAAUAUAAAACUAAUAGUUUAAUAAUAAUGUUAGCUAAGUUUGAUGAAGAAUUUAGAAUAGAAAAAGAAAUUAAGUAAAAUCUAUCUAAUCCACUUCAAGGUAUUAUUAAAGUUGGAUAUCAAAGGAAAAAACAAGCACUCAUUUUACUUGAUUAAAACUAAAACUUGUAUAUUUAUUCAAUUAAUUCCAAUUUUUAGAUCACAUAAAAAAUUCAAAAUAUUCCAAAUAUCAUAUAAUUUAAUAUUUCUCUUUUAAAUGAAAACUUAAUAAUAUUAGACAAUAAAAAUCAAUUAAUCUUAAAAGAGAUGCCAGCAUAUCAAUAAAUAAGAUAAUCAUAAUUAAAAUAAUCAUAAUUAAAAUAAUCAUAAUUAUCAUAACCAUAAACCUUAUCAUUAGCUUCUUAGGUUAAAAAGAGAGCUAUUUAAGGUAUUUUAACUGAUCCAAAUAUUUUGAAAUCAACUGAACAUUUAAUUCAAUAAUAUGAAUCAGAUUUUUAUAAUUUGAGCCCAAAAUUUAAAAAUAUAAUAAAUCUAAAUUUUUCAUAUCGGUUUUUACCUUUAGUAGAUUUUAGAAUUUUAAAUCUUAAUUAUCAAGAGAAUUCAAAAUUUAAGGAGUUAAUUCCAAAGAUGGAUACUUAUGCUGAAACUUAAAGUGUUAAGAAUCAUUUAAAAUAAUUAGAAGCUGCACUCAAAGGAGAUAAUCCAAUUUUAUGUGAAGGAAGUGCUGCUUGUGGCAAGACUUCAAUAAUUUAAUAUUUGGCUUAUAAAAAUUAAUAACCAUUAAUAAUAAUGAAUCUUAGUUCAUUUACUUAAAUUUCUGACUUUAUUGGUAAAGUUGAAAUUUUACCAGGGUUUAAAUUUGAAUUCUAACUAGGUCCUUUUGCUAAAGCUGUCUAAGAUGGUUUAUGGAUACUUUUGGAUGAAGCUAAUUUGGCAAGUGAUUCAAUACUUAGAGUAAUUGAAGAUGUUCUUGAAAUUGGAUAUAUUACUAUAUAUGGUAGUUCAAUUAAUUCUCAUGAAGAUUUAGUUGAUGGGACCUUAACAAUAAGAAAACAUUAAAAUUUUAAACUCUUUUUAACUUAAAAUCCUGCAACAGAUUCAUAAUUUGCAGCCUCUAGAAAUAUCUUUUCUCCAUCAUUAAUGAGUCAAUUUAUUUCUAUUAAAUUUGAACCUAUGAGUUUGAAUGAUUUAAAUUUCAUUAUUGAUUAAAUUAUAGAUUAGAAGUAAUAAGAAUUAAAUGAAUAAUUAGUACAAGAAAUAUCAACUUAAUAAUUAUCUUCUUUGAUAAUGAUAAUAUAUGAAGAAAUUAAAUAGAAAAAUAUGGAUGAUGGAUUAUUUACUUUAAGAGAUAUAGUAUAAAUGAUUGAUCUAUAUUUUCUAUCUGUUGAAUAAACAAAAGAGUAAAUCUUUGAAAUAUUACCUUUAAAUGAUUGUAUGAAACUAAUCUCAACUUAGUUCAUCUAUUUAUAAAAAUAUCGUGAUAUAAUUAAUUAUUAAAUUGAUAAUAAUCAACUUAUUGCUAAUACCAAUAUGUUAUUUGUUUAAACUAAAGAUUAUAGAGAGUCUUAUAUAUAAAAUUGGAAUAUAAAUUAACCACUUAAAUUUCUCUCCUUUCAUAAAUAUUUGUUUCCAAUGUUAACUUUGUGUUAUAAAACUAAAAGAGCAGCAUUAAUUGUGGGAUAAUAAUAUUGUGGAAAAUUAUCAAGUGUUCUUAUUUGGCUAAAAAUUUUAAAUAUUUAAUAAUAUGAGGUAUUAGAAUUAUCAUCUAGUACAACUACUGAAGAUUUAUUUGGAAAGUAUCAACCAACUUAGAAUGGUUUUGAUUUUAUUUUAGGACCUGUAACAAGAUGUUUCCAUUAAGGAAAAGUUUUAAUCCUCACAAAUUUUGAUGCUCCUGAUUGUGCUUUAACAGAAUCACUAAAUGGAAUUUUAGAAAAGAAAUUUAAUUAAUUAUUAGUCUAAAAUUAAAGAUAUUAAAGACAUUAAGAUUUUGCUAUUAUUGCUUUAUCAUCUGAUUUUCAGUAAUUAGAAAAAAAAAUUACACCAACUUUAAAAAGUAGAUUCUUAAGUUUAUACAUAGAUUUUAAAGUUAAUUUAGAUGAUAUUACUUUAUUGUUUUAAUAAAUAAGAUAAUCAUAAAUUAUACAUAAUAUUAAUUAAAUUAAUGAAAAACUUAUGACAUUGGGAUCUUUCAAGACUUCAUAAAAUUUAGGAGGAUAGAUUGAUUAAAUAUCACUUAAUAAGAUAAUUAGAUUUUUAAAACCAAUUUUAGAAAGUGAGAAAUAUAGUAAAUCUUAAUUUAAUUAAAAAUAAUCGUAAAUAAAUUUUGAAUGUUUAGAUUUCUUCAUAGCCUUAAGUUUACAAGAUAAUAAAUCACUUUUUAAUUAAAAUAUAGCAGUACCCAUUCAUUAUUAAGAAUUAUUAUUAAAUGAUGGUAAAUAAAAUAAUUUUGUCAUUACUGAAUCAAGAAAAAGAGUUGCAGAUAUUAUUGCAUUUGCUAUUAUUGCUAAAAUACCAUUAGUUUUAUAGGGAUCAGCAGGAGUUGGUAAAACAAAAAUUAUUUCUACAUUUUAAUAAACCUGUAAAUUAUUUGAAUCAACUAGUUUUCAUUAUAUUAAUAUGAAUUAAAAUACAGAUAUAAAUGAUUUAAUGGGAUAAUUUCAAUCUACAUGUGAAAAAGAUAAGAUAAAAUUUAUACUUAAAAAAGGUCCAUUAUUUUUAGGGAUGGAAUAAGGUGGUAUUGUUCUUAUAGAUGAAGCUAAUUUAUCAGAUGCAAGUAUACUCAACUUUUUAGCUAAUAUAGCAAAAUAUCCAUCAGAAUUUCAUGAUCCUGUUUCAAAUCAAAUUAUUAAGGUUCAUGAAAAAUUUAGAAUCUUUUUUGCUUAAAACCCUCCAUCAUAUAAUGGUAGAAAUUAGCUCCCAGAAACAUUAGCUUCUAAAACUAUAAUAGUUGAAGUUCCUAAUUAUACUUUCGAAGAAGUACUUAAAAUCUGUACAGAAUCAUAACCUAGUAUGUAAAAUUAAACUUAGACCUCUAUCUAAAAAGCUAUGGAAUAUUUUUUAACUAAAUUAAUACCAUAUCCUAAAAAUGGUGAUGAAAAACAAUUGUAUUACAAUGGUACUUAAUUUUCUUUAAGGUAGUUCAUUAAAUUUAGAAAUCGAUUAGAGAAAACAAGUUUCUCAACAAAUCAACCUAAUUGGGAAAAUAUCUUAUAAUUACAUUAGAUGAUACUUUUCCCUAAAGAUAUAUCUGAAGAAUAUUCUUUAGAAUGUGAUAUAAAUAAAAUUGGAUUAAACUUAUAUUUUACAAUUAAAAAUCAAUAGGCUUAAAUUGAAAUAUCUCUUAUAAUUAAUAAAAAUUAUUCAAAAUAUGUAAUUGCUCAUAAAAGUCUAAACCCUAUUUAAAGAUUAGUAUUAUGUAAAAUAGCAUUUUGUUAUUAUUUUAAAGAAAAUAUUUUAAUUGUUGGUGAAACUUCAUCAAAAACAUAUUUGACCAAACUAUUUACUUAAUUAGUGUAAUUUUAGAAUCCAUAACCAUUUGAAUUAAUCUAUAUUAAUUCUUAAACCGAAAUUACAGAUUUAAUCGGAAGCAUGGAGUCUCAUAAUCUAAUAUCUUAUUAACAAUAUUGUUUAAAUUUAAUUAAGAAACUCAAUUAUGGAAAAUAGAUUAAUUUUAAUCUAAAUGAAAAACCUAUUUAAAAUUAUUUAUAAGAAUUAAUAUAAAAAUACAAUUAACCAGAGUUCUUCAAUCAUAUUAUUCAAAAUAUUGGUAAUUAAUUUCACUUUGUUGAAAGAGGAUUGACUUUUAAUGCUAGAUUUGGUGGAGUUGUAUGUUUAAAAAAUAUAUCUUUGGCAGAAUAAUCUGUUAUAGAAGGAUUAAAUUCAUUAUUGGAAAUUGAAUCACAUUUUAUAGUAAAUGGAUAAGAAAUUAAACUACAUAAUGAAUUUUUUGUUAUAGCAAUAAUGAAUACUACAUUUGGAGGUUAAUUAAGUGAUGCAUUGUAAUCAAGAUUAACUAAAAUUCGAAUUCAAGUUCCAUAGAUUAUUAAUUAUACAUAAGAAUUAGAUAUUUCUUAUAAAAAAUAUAUUCUUAAUAAAUUUCCAUAAUAAACUUAAUUUAAUUAAAUCAUAUAGUAUAUACAGAACCUUCUUAUUUAAACAAAAGAGUUUAAAGAAUUUUUCUAUUAAAAUAUAUCUGAUCGUAAAAUCUAUUAAUGGAUGAGCUUUUUGAAUUUGGAUUUGGAUGAUGCUACAUAUUAAUAAAAAUUAGCAUUAGGAUUUUAAUUUGUUAUUUUGGAUAAAUUUAAGGUAAAUUUUGAAGAAGUUGUUAAAAAUCCUGAUCUUCAUGAACACUAUAAAGAAGCCUAAAAUAAAAUUUAACAAAAAUUAAAGGUAAAAUAGUUUUUCAAUUCUCCCAAAAUUAUAAUCAAUCCUACUACUAAUAAAAUCUUAUAAAGAAUAUAUUCAGCUAUUACUACAUAAUAUAUACCUUGCCUAGUUGGACCACCUGGAGUAGGAAAAUCUGCAAUUGCAUAAGAAUUUGCUAAGAUUAUGAAAUAAUAAUUCUGUAGAGUAUGUUGUUCAGAUUCUUUGAGUGCAGAAGAUUUAUUCGGUUCUUAUGCACCAAAGAUAGAAAAUAAUAAAGUUUCAUUUGUUUUUUAAGAGGGUUAUUUGGCAUAAGCAUUAGUAUAAAAUAGCCUAAUUUUAUUUGAUGAAAUUAAUUUAGCAUCUCCUGAAAUUUUAAGCACACUUCAAGCUCUAUUUAACACAGAUGAAAAAGAAAUUACUAUAAAAGAUAGCAAAUACAAUAAAGAAAAAUGCCUAUUUUUAUGUUCGAUGAAUCCUUCUACAUAUCAAGGGAGAUAAGAAUUACCUUAAUGUAUAUCAAAUCUAUUAUGUGAAGUGUAUAUUGAAGCAUUUGAUACUGAUUAGGUAAUAGGUAUAUUUUAAUAGAGAUAUUAAAAUGAAAUAAUAUAAUUAAAAAAUUCUGGAAUUAAUUUUAAAAUUAUUUUAGAUUUGCAUAAAGAACUUGCUAUAUUAGCUUAAUAAUAAUACAAAUCUAAUUAUGAUUUUAAUAUUAGAUUUUUGGAAAAUCUACUGUAACUUUUCAAUUAACAAUUUUUAUUUUAAAGAUCAAAAUUAUAUAAUAAUAAGUAUGAAUUAGAAUUAAUAAUUGUCUGUUUAGAUAUUAUAUAUGUAUAACAUUUUUAUUAGACAGAAUUUUCUAAUUAAGUGCUAAAUAUCAUAUUAAAUAAAUUUGGUGUGAGUUAAGAGGAAUGGAAUAAACGAAAAGUAUUUUUAGAGCAAAGCGGCAAUAUAGUUAGAAUAAGUAGGUAAAUAGGAAAAUAAUUUAAAUCUAUAUUCAAUUGGGUUAUAUCUAAUUAGAUCAUACCUUAACUUUCCAAUAAUUCUUUAGUUAUAAAUUUAUAAAAUUCUAACAUUUUUGAGAAGCUAUUGAUAGCAAUAAAUUCUAAAAAAAUAAUUUUAUGUUAAGGGGAUGUCUCAUCAGGUAAAACCUCAUGUAUUAUUAAAAUGGCAAAUCUUUUAAAUUAAAGAUUCAUUUUACUUCAAAUACAUAGCGAUUUAGAAACAGAUGAUUUGCUUGGUAGUUAUGCCUUAGUCAACACUAAUUAUGAUUAAAUUUAAAAAUAAUUAGAGAGGAUAUCAAUAAAAUCAAAAUUUGGAAAUUUAAAUGUUGGAUAAUAACAAAAGUAGAUGAAUAUGAAAUAUGUGGAGGGAGUCUUAAAAAUUUGUUGUAAAUUUGGAUAUUGGUUGAUUCUGGAUAAUAUUAAUUUAGCAAGAGCUGAGAUAGUAGAAAGAUUAAAUUCUUUAGGAGAAGAUUAACCUUGUUUAUAUAAUAAUGAAUUUGGUGAUUCUAAUACUUGUAUAAUUCCUCAUAAUAAUUUUCGUUUAAUAUGUUUAUAAAAUCCCACAAGAGUUGAUUAAAAUUAAUUGUCUCCUGCAUUUUAUAAUAGGUGUAUUAAAAUUAAUUUUGAAAUUGAUCUUAAAAAGAAUUUUAUUGAUAUUAUUGAGAUUUUAACAAUAAGAGGAUUUGGGUAAUAAUUCAUUUAAUAAGAUACUGUUGUUUUGGCAAAUAAUUUAUUGAAGUAAGUCAUUUUUAUAAAAGAACAUACAAAUGCUUUAAUUAAUUUAAGAAAUAUUAUAAAAGCAUUCAAAAUGAUUUAAUAAAAUGGAUUUUAAUUUUAUGAUUAAAUAAUGGAAAUUGUUUUUGGACCAGCAUUUAAUGAAUCCAAAAAAAAUCCAUAUUUUCCUAUUUUUGAUUUAAAAUCUCUUAAUGUUGCUGAUUCUAUUAUGGAAAAAUAUACUGAUUUAAUUUUAAAUAAAUUAGUCUCAAAUUCUGUAAAAAGGAUUGUUGAUUAACCCAAUAAAUUGAUAGAUUUAUAAAAUAUUAGUUAAUUUUUAAAAAUACACUUGAGUGAAUAAGAAAUUUAAAAUUAUUAAAGAUUUAUUCAAGGGAUAGGUUAAUAAAUUUAGAUAGUAAAUAUGUAGGAGGAGGAUUAAUAUGACUUAGGAUGUUAUAAAAUUCGAGUUAAAGGAGAAUUAAUUAUUUAAUUAUACUAACAAACUAUGACAAUUUAACCACUAUUUCUGUCAAUAUAUAUUAAUAACAAAGAAUUGUAAAACUUGUUAUUAAAAUCUAAAUGCAUAUUUUAGGAUUAAAAUAUUUUAGCUGAGGCAAAGUUAAAUUCUGAAGGUAAAUUGUAAGUUUAAUUAUAAUAAUCUAAAGAUUUCAUUUUAGUUCCUAUGAUUAAAUCUCUUAUUGGACCAUCUUAUGAAUAGUUUUUUAAGACUUUUUAAAAUAUGCUCUCAAAAUCUGACAUUGAAUGCUCAAUUUAUUUAGAUCAACAAGUGGAAAUUUUCUUUAAUUUUAAUUUGAGUAAAUAUACAUUAUCCUUUAUCCCUAAUCUUAAAUUAAAGAAUAUAUCUGGAUAAAUCGCUUUAAAUAAAGAUAAUAUUUAUAUUACUUAAUUUUCAAUAAAUUUUGAUUUAUAACUUGAAUUAAAUAAAUAUUUUAUUAAAAAAGGGCAUUUUAGUAGGGUAGAUAAUUUAAAUUCUCUUAGGGGAAUUAUAAAAAUCCCAAAAGAAGAUUAAAUUUAUAUUUUUUAAGAUUAAAAUUGUUUCCAUUUAUUUUCAAAUAUUGAUAUCAUUUAAUCUCAUAAUUUUGCCUCAUUUUUAGAUCUCAAAGAGAGUAGAAUAGAAAUAAAUUUGGAAUGUGAGAAUCCUAUUUAAAUCUAUAAGUUACCAUUUUCCAUAAGAAUAAAUAGAAUUUUAGCAAAUAUUUUAUUAUAAUAAAAAAUUACCUUAAAUGGAAGUAUUCAAUGUUCUUUUCAUAUAUUAUAAAAUAAUAUUUGUAAUUUAACAGCAUUAAUUGAUAAAACUCAUUUAAAAUUACAAUUAUCUAAUGAAUAACACUAAAAUAAUUGUUAAAAUUUCAUUAAAUAAAUAUUUUUGAAAUAUUAUGAUCAUAAUAAUUUCUUAAUUUAGCAAUUUGUGGAGAGCAGAAAGGCAACUGUAAAGAAAUUAGACUUAAUAACUAAUGCUUUAUAUUGGCAUUUUGAAUUAAUUUUUGAAUUAAAUUGGAAUAUAAAUAUUUUUAAGAAUGCUCAUAUAGAAAUUGAAAAUAUGAACAUACUUUGUCAUAUUGAUUCUUAAACAACUAUAUAUACUAUGAGUUGCACCAUUGAAAUCCUUAAAUUUAUUUUUGAAAUUGAGAUUGUUUUUGACUUUGAAUCUUUCUUUUCUUAAGAAAAGAAUAGAUGUCUUGCGAUGAUUUUCAAAAGAGGAAAAAAUUCACCUAUGUUCAAAGAGAUUAUCAAUGCUUUUUCAAGUGAUUUGAAAAAUUAAUUAUAAAUAAUAUCUGGAUUUAAUUAGUUAAAAACUAUAUAAUUUUAGAGGAAUGAAGGUUCUUAAUAAUUAUUCGAUUUUGAUAAUUUUAAAAAAUAAGGAGAGUAACUUAAUUAAUAAUUUGAAGAUGAAGUUCAUCAGAUCAAAAAAUUUGGCUGUAAUGAAUAUAAAUUAAGAUUUGAAAACUUCUAAUCCGAUUUAAAGUAAAAAAUUGAUUAAGAAUUGAAAUUAAAUUAGCAAUAAAAUAUGUAAGAAGCUAUAAUUUAGAAAUUAACAUGUUCUCAGGAAUCUUAUAUAAUAUGGAGUGAUUAAGUUGAGUUGAAAUUUAAUGUUGAUCUAUUAAAUCCAUGGAUUGUAUCCAAAAUCUUAACGCUUUGUUAAUGUAAUUUAAAUGUAGAAGGAAAAAAUUAAAUAUUUGAACUUAAAUUAAAUGGUUUAAUAAAAUUUAUGAAUAUGACGCUAAAUAGAUUUUAGUUGUAGCUAACACCAAAUAGACCAUUAGAUUUAAAAAUUGAAAAUGAACCUUUAAUAAUGUAGAUCCAUCCUAUUAGUUUUGGUUUUGGCUUAUUUGGAUAAUAGUUUGAAGAUAUAGGGUUAUUACCUAAAUUAGAUUAAAUUAUUAGAUUUAAUUACAAUAUUAUAUCUCAACAGUUUUAUGGAGAGUUUAAAGUUGUCAAAGAAAAUAUUAAACAGCAUUUUGUUGAUUUAUCAUUAGAAAAUAUUUAAUUACAAUUUAGUUCAUCUGAUAAUUUAAAGAAUGUCUAAGCAAUCUUGGAAAUGAAAGCCAUUUUUUUUAAGUAAGAAAUCAAUUUUUAUUUAUAAUUUUUAUCCAACACAUUUAAUGAAUCUAAAAAUUCAAGUUUGUAAUUAAAAUUUAAUUGCCAUACAAUAAAGAAUUUUUGUUUGAAUGAAUUCUUAAAAAAUAGUGUUGGAAUAACUUUGACUUAAAAAAAAGUAGAGUUUAAUAUUGAAAAUUUUGAGUUCUUAUUAAUACUAUAGAAGACUCCAUAGUGGCACCACUCGAUAUUAUUAUAAAUAAAAAACAGUUAAUGUACAAUGCUAUAAAAUUAUAUAACAUUAAAAAAUUUGAAUGGAUAGUUAGUUUGCAAACAGUAAAGUUGGAUGGACAGUUGUAUAUCAGGAAUAUGUUUACUUAAAGAUUACAAUAUAGGUUCUUUUAAUCUGGUUUUUAAUAAAGAAGUAAACGGACUUGAAGCUAAAUUUUAAUUAAAUCCUAAAUUUUAGAUAAAAGAUUUUUUAUCCACUGUUUUUAAUUAAUAAAUGAAUUUUAUUUGUUUUUAAAAUGUAAGACUUGAUGAAAUUAAAGUUUUUUUAGGUCUUUAUAAUAAUAAAACUAUAUUUGAGCUAAAAUAUGAAGUCAAAAUGUUUUCAUGGAAUUGUAUUUAGGCUAUAAAAUUGAAAAAUAUUUUCUUCAUAUUUUCCUUAAGUGAAGAAAAUCAAAUAGAGAAGAAAUCAAAUUUAUAAUUUGAAUUAGAAAUUUUUAACAAUAUUAAGUUGA